AAAAGUACAUAAUUAAAUUCAUAUAUACACAGACAAACAACUUGUUUGAGAAUCUCUAAGAAAAAUAGGAAAGGAAAAGAAGCAGAUUCUCUUGGGACCCUAAACUUAUUAAUGUAGGGUUUGAAAUUAAUUGAAUUUGAUAGGUGUGAGUACUAUUUUGUCCUAUUCAUGUAUACCAAAGGCCGUAGUACUUUUUACGCAACUCUACUGAGUCUGGAAAAACCUAUUGAAUGGUGUAGGCACCUUCCUCCGCAUACUCUAUCAUCAUCUUCAACAUUUAAUGCCACAAAAAGCUUACACUUCAAAAGGUAAGGUAUACGGCUAAUCCUAACUCUCGAAUAUUCACAAAACCACGUGAAACCCAAAACUUUUUCCAUCCUUAUUCUCUCUUUCCUCUCUUCGCAGAAAAGAAGAUUUUUGAAUCAUCCCACAAGCAUUCCUUUCUUCUUUCAUUCGUCUGCUACCACACACACAUAUAUAUAUAUACACAUCACCAAACACUAUUGCAUGCAUCCACAAGCAUUCCUUCCUAAAAUUCUGCAUCAUCAUGGUCCUUGGAACAAUGGCAAGACAUUUGGACACAAUAAUAGGGCCUGGUGUUAUGCUUCUUUAUCCUCUAUAUGCAUCAAUGAAGGCGAUUGAAAGUCCUUCAACCUUAGAUGAUCAACAAUGGCUAACGUAUUGGGUUUUAUACUCCUUCUUGACCCUCUUUGAGCUUUCCACUCAUAAGAUCCUAUGUUGGUUUCCAAUUUGGGGAUACCUGAAGCUUGUGUUUUGCAUCUGGUUGGUGCUGCCAAUGUUCAAUGGAGCGGCUUACAUAUAUGAAAAAUAUGUGAGGCAAUACAUAAAGAAUAUUGGAAGCUACAGAAGUUCCAAUUAUCCUGAGGAGUACAAGAAGGUCCUUCACAUGAUGACCUUCGAUGCAAGGAAAGCAGUUGAACGCUAUAUCGAUAGACAUGGCCCUGAAGCUUUUGAGAGAGUAAUCAGAGCGGCUGAAAAAGAAGCGAAGAAGCGCUGAGUGAGUAUUGAUUUGACCGGUUUUGGAAUGAAAAGAACGUAAACAUGCUCCAAACGAUACUUCUUCAUGUGUACAUUUUCAACAUGAUAGAGACGGAGUCUCACAAUCAUAGGUUAAUUAAAUGACAGCAAUUGUAGAUAUAAGUUUUAUAUGUACCUUUCCGUGGUUUAAAAAAGCACGUAAGAGCAAAAUAUUACAUGGUUAAAUUAA